AUUAAAGAUUAAAGGUGCUGUGAUGACGACUUGAAUAUCUCGAAUAUAUAAAGGCUUGAAGACAAUACAACUCCUCUGGGAAAGAUUCUUCUCUGUUAUAUACUUCCUAGAGUCGAAACGACAUUGAAAGAAAAGUCAACUUCAAAACAUCCACCAUGAAUAGCACUCAGCCACCUUACUAUUCCUCCUCCUUCGGCGACCCCACUCAACACCCCAACUCUUCUCAGCCAAUUGGCACUCAGGUUGGGGCUGCAGACCCUUCUGACCCUCGAACUGGACCUGCUCCACACACAGCUGGUCCACACAAGUCCGACAUCAUCAACAAGCUUGAUCCUCGCGUCGAUAGCGACUUGAGCAAGCAGAAGAAGUCAAGCAACGCUGGUGUUGGCGGUGUUGGCGGCGCCGGUGCUGACAACACCUACACUGGAUCAUCUGCUCAGAAGACGGCUGGUCCCCACAGCUCUGACACAGGCAAUAAGCUUGACCCUCGCGUCGACAGCGAUGUGGACAACCGUGCCCGACAGGCACCGGGAACUGUAUCGAGCGAUCCUCGUACAGGACCUGCCCAGACAACUGCUGGGCCUCAUGAGUCUGACUUGGGUAACAAAGUUGACUCCCACAUUGACAGUGGUGUAGACAACCGUGCAUCUGAACCCGUGUCGAGUAACACUCGCGCUGCACAUGCUCAGCGAACGGCUGGUCCGCACGAUUCUGAUAUGGGUAACAAACUUGAUCCCCGCGUUGAUAGCGACGUGGAUAACCGGGCCCGUCACGCACCAGGCACUAUUGCCAGCGAUGCUCGCACUGGGCCUGCCCCAAGAACUGCUGGUCCCCAUAGCUCUGAUAUGGGUAACAAGCUUGACCCUCGCAUUGAUAGCGAUGUGGACAACCGUGCGCAGCAUGCGCCAAGUUCCUCCUAUAAUCGCGAGACCUCUCAUCUGGGUGGCACUCAGGCAGGAGGCAUCACGAGCACAACUGGUCCCCACGACUCAAAAAUCGGUAACAAACUUGACCCCCGGGUUGACAGCGACCUCGACAACCGCGCCCAGUAUGCACCAGGCAUGACUAAGACAGGAAAUGAGAACCCGUAUGCUACGCAGGAUACCUCGUUCAGCCGCGGCUCCAACACCGGUCCCCAUCAGUCCAACAUGAUGAAUAAACUCGACCCUCGCGUAGACGCACAGACGAGUGACAUGUCUAACAAAACAACUACUCAAUCCCACGGCUCCCAAUUCUCGGGUGCUACUCGUGCUCAAUACGACGACAAUACCAUCGGACGAUCCACCGGGACCGGUUUCGCGUCCAGCGGCGUAGGAUACCGACCGGCGGAAUCUUCCGGCAGCGCACCUGGAUCUAGGUCCGCUCAGAAGGGCGCGAACGUUGGUUCUGAUGUAAAGGGUGUUUUCGCUGGUGCUCACGGUAUGGGAGAAUCUCUGCGUGGCGGUCUCAACGCGGCGGUUGAUAAGACCUUCGGUCACGAGGAGGGCGUCGCUAAGAACGAUGCCAUUGCCAGUCGAGGCGAACGCGAGAUGCGCACUGGAAACUUCAGCAAGGGAAACAAUCACUGAGUUUGACCUUACUGGGUAGGUAUGAGUUCACGAUGUUAUGAAUAGUUUGUGUAUAAUAUCUAUUGAUUUUGUGCUUUUUUAUGACAAUACGUGGAAUAGUAGGAAUGACCACAGUUUUCUAUAUUCAGUCAGUUGGGUGUAUCCACUCCGUAGUAGGACAUUUUAUCCACGGAAGCGGCGGGAAUGGAAACCAACUUAAGUAGUAGUAAGAUAAGAGUGGAACCAGAGCUUGAUGUGACUGAUCCAAUGCAGAAUGACUUCACAUCCAGAUCUUGGAUGUAAUGAUGAACACAUUCCCUCCGAUUCUUUAUGCAGGAUUGGUUAUACCUUGUAUCGGACAAGCAAUGGACAAAAGAUCCAUUGUGGAGCAAUCUUCCAUUCAUGCUAAACCAUUUUUGAUUUUUAAGAUUUGAAACUAUUGCUUGUUAACUUGCGGCCAUGAGGGGAUGAGAAAAAAAAAAAAUCUACAGGAAGCAUCUUCCGGGCUUGCCGGAGGGCUGUGCAGUGGAACCUCCUCAUUAAAUACUUGAAUUCAGAUUUUCCCUCUUCUUCUCUGUUCUUAUUGCUCACGUU